AUGAAUCAUUUCUUAGUAUUAUCGCUGAUUGCCGUUACCGUGGCGUUGGCAAGUGGUUUCCCCUCGACCGAAGAACUCUGCGUCCCCCUGCCGUCUUGUCCGCCGAAGAACAACGUCGAAUAUACCGUUCAUGUACCACACGAGGGCGAUUGUUACAAAUUCUACAAAUGCGACAACGGUUGCGGAUACCUGAUGGAAUGUCCGUUCGCGGUAGGACACUCCGAACGUCUCAUGUUCAACGUGGAAUUGGAGAUCUGCGAUUGGGCGGUGAACGUGCCGAACAGAUCAUGCUCGAGAAACGACGGAAGAGGUUUGGUACCAGUUGUCGCAGACUCUUUAUCGUCCACAUCGUCGGCUCCCUACGAUUUAAGAGCGUUGGUCAAAGAAUGUCCAAGCACCGGUACAAUAUACAUAUCCCACGAGACCGACUGCCACGAAUACUACGAGUGCGACAACGGCGAGAAGAAGCUUCAUCACUGUAACGAGAACUUGAUCUUCAAUCCGUACGUCGAAGCGUGUGACUACCCCUCGUCUGUAGACUGCAUAACCACCGGCUACGUCACAGGACCACCGGCUCAGUAA